CUAUUCACGGAAUAUGGCAGGCUGGCUUUGGCUGAUUCUGGAACAACUCCUUUUCAAAGAUUGCAAUUCCUAGUGAGAGACUGGCGUUUUCCUUACGAGGCCCCUUACGGGGCGGUAGGUGGACAACAAAUCCUUCAAAAACGUCUGGAAGUGAAUGAACAUCAACACUCUGAAUUACAGUCUUUGAGAAAACAUAUCAGUUCUUGUUUCACGGAAAUAGCUUGUUUUCUAAUGCCGCACCCAGGCAUAAAAGUUGCUACUAGCCCUACUUUCGAUGGAAGACUUGGAGAUUCAUCAACAAUCCUGCAGAGAGGGGCAACAGCUGAAGCAAAUAAUUUGUCUGCCGUUGCUGAUGCUAAAGAAGUCUAUAUUUCGAUGAUGGAAGAAAUUUGCGGUGGUACUAAACCAUACCUGAAAACCGAAACAAUUGAAUCUGAACACCGUAGAGUUAGAGAUAAGGCUAUAACGCAAUUUAACAGCAAGAAAAAGAUGGGUGGAGAUGAAUUCAGUCAAACGUACAAAGAACAGUUAGAAAAGGAUAUAGAAGAAACAUUUAUACAAUUCAAAGCACACAAUGAAAGUAAAAAUAUAUUUAAAUCUGCCAGGACGCCCGCUGUAUUUUUCGCUUUAGCUGUAUUGUUUUACAUCACAUCAGGAAUAUUCGGUUUUAUUGGUAUCUACUCGUUGGCCAACAUUUGCAAUAUGGGUAUGGCAAUUGCCUUCAUUACACUUGGCACCUGGGCGUACGUAAGGUAUAGUGGAGAAAUGAGAGAAAUAGGGUCGUAUAUAGACGAAACAGCCAAUUUUAUAUGGGAAAAUUUCAUGAAGACAAUAGUUCAAGGCUACGUCGAAAACGGUAUGCAGCAAAUGGCUGCAGGAGUAGCUGAGAGAACGCUUCUGAACGCAACACAGUUGGCCAUGAAUGGUAAAAAGGAUGCAUGAUUAAUCCUAGUCCGCUAUAAAAUAUGCAUACAUUUUGAAUUCACAUUGCUACCGCUUUGUUACAUAUAACGUGAACCCUAGAAAAAAAUCUACGUACCUCUAUUGUAUAGAUUGGAUUGUUAUCUCUUGCCAACUUUCGGUUUCGAUGUUGUGUACAGGUAGAUGUGUGUAUAUAUAUAUGUAACAUCGAUUUUUUAAUAUUAUAUUGUGAUAUCUCGGCAAUGUUGGUAUUAUAUUGAAACACUUCUUAUUUAUUAUUUUAUAUUCUUAAUGAAUCUAUAUUUUUAUUAAGUUUUGCUAUACAUGACAGAUCAUUAAGGAAUUAUUAAAAAAUAUGUAAAAAAAAACUAAAAAUGCAUUUAAUUAAGAAUUAAUUAAGUAAACAUGGUGAUAGGUUUUUUGUGUUUUAUAGUAAUUUUGGGGUGCUAUACUUUUCGAUUCAGGCUGGGACUUUAUAGAGAGCUGAAAAUCUUUGUCUAAGUUAGAAGUUUUUCGGUAAUAAUUAUGAAUGAAAUGUUGAGGUUCUUAUUCAAUCUGCAAACUUUAUACAAGUCCUUGAGUAAUAUCAGCACUUUUCGUGAAAUAACGAAUCCAAUGUUAAGUUUUGUAUAAGGGAGAAUCCCUAAUAAAAUUUUAUCCUGAUAAAAAUUCAUACUUUUUUUGAUGAAUUUAUUUAAGUGGCCCCAAAGAUUGGAUAUUUAUCUAUUUUGAAAGUAAAAGCAUCAUUAUUGUUUAUAUUCUUGAAUGCAUAAAUGUAUCUCUUCAAUAUCAAUUAUGAAUGAAUAUUACAAUUGUAAGUAAAUAUUCAAAAUUUGUGAAAUAAUUGAUUGUUUCAUACUUUCAUUUCCGUAUGUCCUUAAAAUAGUUCAAUUUUGGUACUUAUUUUGUGUUUACAGUUUUGAUUUUACAGACGUAAUUAUGAGUUGCUAGAAGUCAUUAAUGGUAACACCAUUUGGAAAAGAAAGGUUUUUGGCUUUCUACUUCUCCAUAUUUAAACAAAAAAUUGAAAAAUUACAGUAGAACUUCAAUUAUCUGAAUCAAUUGGAACAGAUCCUAAUCCGCAUAAUCAAAUACCCAAUCCAAAAAUGGUUUUAGUGACGAAAAAAAUAAAUUAACUAACUCUAAUGCAGUAUUCAAAACAUCAUUUUAUUACUGUAAACAUUUGAAGUGGAACCACUGUUUAAUGGAAAUAGUACACUCACAUAUGAACAAAAUGAAAAUUACCAUUCAAAUACUUUUGCACCAAAUUCUACAUGCACGUUGAACCACAUUCUUGAAACAUCAUUGAUUCUGUAUUCGAGUUUGAAACCCAUACUCAUUCAGAGACCCUAAUAAUACCAAUGUAGUAGGUGCAUUUUUAUAAUUCUUAUGUAGAAAAAUUCUUCUUCAUUAAACACUCAAUUCAACUCAACUCCAUUAUUCUCAUCUGAUAAAUAAUAGUUAAUUUAAAUGUUUUAUUCAGAAGUUGCCUGUGGUGCUUUUUUCCAUUAUCAUAAAAUAAGUUUUUUCACAAAUUUUUUGUUCUCAAAUUAAAUUCAUUCAUUUAUCAAUGUUUGAACCAUUAAUACAAGUCAUUAUAUUGUGAAAUAGAUAAGUUAAUCUAGUUGACAUUAUUCAUCAUAUAUAUGAAACAAGGAUACUUUUCAAAAUCAUUGCAACAUGUUGGACAUAAAGUUGCAAAAAUUCUACCGAAAUAACUUUACUCAGGUUAACAUUUUUUUUGUUUGCUUUAUAGAAGCAUAGGAAGAACCAAAUAAUUCAGUCUGAUUGGUAUAUAAAUUAAAAAUUUCUUCGACAAUUCUUGUACUCUUUCUUAAUAUGGAGUUGAAAAAUUGUCAGCUACCACCAUUUUUCAAGAAUCACAGCUGAUAAUACUUGCACUUUAGUCUAAAUUAAGAAUCAUUUCAAAGUAGCAAGGUUCCUUUUGUUUUGCAAUUCUGUCAGUAGUUUGCUAUAAUUCUUCCUAAUACUAAUAUUAUUCCAAUGAUGAAUACUGCUUGUAUCAAGUGUUGAUUUUUGUGGGUCAACAAUAAAUUUUUCAAAAAAAAACUUGUGCCAAACAUGUUUAUACUUUUUAUAAAUAUUCAGGUCAAUGGGGUUAUAAAUUUUAGAACUUUUUUAAAAUUCUUCAAACAUAUAUUCCAGCCUGAUUCGGAAAAAUUAGAUUUGAUUAUAUGUAGCCAUUGUUUGUACUUCGUUGACAGCUUACAUAUUGUUCACUGUUAAUUUUUGCACAGUUGUUGAGUCAUGAUUUGUCGUCUAGAAAAUAUGGUAAAAAUGAAACAAUUCACAUUUUUUACUUCGAAACGUGCCAUCAGUAUAAUCUCAUGAAAACCUAAUUAAUUUGAUUGCAGAAAUAGCUAACCUUCAUUGGAUAUCUCUAUUGAUGAAAUAGAUGUACAUAGAAACUAUUGCCAUUUGCUAGUAACAAUCGCUUCAAACAAUGAAAAAUGUCAUGGCUAUAGGUAACUGUGUUGGAAGUUAUUUUUCUAUUUUAUUGAUCACAGUCUGCAGGUUUUUACGUUUGAUGUUUUAUCUACAAUUGCUGUACACAUCAAAGUGGUGACAGGAAGGACACAACGUUCUAUUUGCCCUCAAGGCACAUAUCACAUUGAUUGUAUUAUUUGUAUUCAUUGUUCUGAUUUGUGUAUUGUUGAGUGCGGGUAGCCAGACCUUAUUUAUGUUGAUUUCCUAUUUCUAUGGGUAAACAUUAUCUGUGUUUUUUUAAUUCUCAUCACCUUCCCAAAUAAUCUUAGAUAGCUUGAAUCCAGGACUAUGUAGGGACGCAAUAGAAAUUAUAAAACAGAUUACUGCAACUGAAAAAAACAGGAAAAUAACAUGAACUAACUCAACACAUGAAUCAGGCCAAGUGAACCAAUCAAUUGAAAUGCAGCCAUGCCAACCACAGUAGUAUGUGCUGCAAGGACAAAUAGAGCAUCUGUUGUCUCACCACAAUUGAUAAUGUUAAUAUUUACCACAGCUGCAGGUGAAAUGUGAAACACAGACACCUGCAGGCCACAGCCAAUAAACACGGAACAAAACUUCGACACAGAAGCUGUUUUUUUUUAAUAGUAACACUAUUGCCAUAUUCUCGACAAGACGUUCGAAUAAAUCAAACAUCGUCUGAAAGUUUGGCUACGUAGUGCAGAUGUAGGCAAUGUUGUUGGAAAGUAAAGAAAGUCAUUGACUGUCAAAAUGAGAUAUAACUGCAUCAUGAGUGCAUUGAACAGUGAGAAAUUUACAGAAUAGAAAUGAGGAAUGUUUCACAGUCACAUAUUUUGUGAGAUGUUCUCUUAGCAAAAGGGGGCUUUCACUAAUUUGACUGUCAGUAGUAGUUGUCUCUCAUAAUCAUUUCAAUUUUCAUUGCGAUUCUAUGCUGUUUCAGUCUAAACUUUAUGAAUGAUACGUAGUCUAACCAUACUUUAUUUACUAUCCAAUUCAGACUCUCUAUAUGUAAGUACUGACAUUGCAAUAUUUUUACACCCAAGUGCCUCAUUAACCUAUAGGAUAUAUUUUAAUCUUCGUUGUUUUUGUCUUGUCGUGUCCAGUUCUAGAUUGAUAAAAUUAUACUUAGUGUGCACGUGAAAUCUUCAAACUUGUUCUGAUUUAGGCGAAGAUAGGAAAGUGUAAUAGUUCAUAGCUUCGAAAUUCGUUAAUUGGACAAGUAAAUGUUGACAAAUCUACAUUACUGGCAACGUGAGUAUUUGUAGUAAUGUAAGGCUGUUAUUUUGCAUACAGCCGAAUACGUUACUAUACUUUUAUUUAAAAUGAAGAAUAAACCCUGAAAGUCAAAAUGCUCGAUAUCUUCAGAACUAUCGAUAGUAUGAUGAGUUCUGAUCUCUUUUUAAUCAUAAAAUCUUUUAUCACACUAUCGAUAUAUAAAAGAGAAAUUGAUUCAGCAGAGGGACCUGAAUUAAUAGUUUACAAAUUUGAUUUUCUAUGAAUAAAAGAUGCUAGUAUCUCAAUUCCUAAUAUAAAAGUGUUUAGCUAACAAAACUCAAACUUCAAUAUUUGAAGUGGAUAAUGUAUUAAGACUGGCAUCAUAGUAUUAGAAUGAACUUCUUACCUUUACAGACUUGAAAGAUAUAGCUUUCUCACGUGGACACCAGGUAUAGGAGAAGUAUGAAAUAUUUGAAAUGAUGCCACAUGGUUUCAGAAGGCUUUUUUGGUACCAAAUUAUUCUUUAGGCGAGAAUAUUCAACAAAGUAUUAUACAAAUGGGAAUAUAUUUUUUCCGAACUGUACAAUAAGAAUUUUCCAUGAUGCUGUUCAUGGGUGAUUGCAAGUGCGUUAAUUUUAUAGCAUUGCUUGAUUUAUUUGUAAAAUGACGAAUUCAUAGAAAUUAGUAUUUGUGAAUUGAUUACAAUUACUAAAAACUGAUUCAAUUUUCGAAUUUUUUUGCUUGCCAACCUCCAGACAUGCGGGUAAACCUGUCUGCAAAAACUGUCUAUGUCUAAAUUCUUGAAUUCGUUAAUAAAAUUAGAAAUAUGCUGUGAAUGAAAUCAAAAAAUAGUGGAAUAAAACUAAAUAUUUGGUUGAGCAAAAUAUUAAGAAAAUUGGUUAAUUUUUAGUGUAAUAACCCAAAAUUGAUUCAAAGUUGGUAACAUACCUACAAAGUAUUUGUCUUGAAAAAAAUUAAAAAAACAUAACUGGAAUGGCAUCAGAUCGACUCUUAUUUGUUUAGAAUACGAGAAUUAGGUAAUUCAAUAAUGUAGGUUUAUUUAAUAUUAGGAAGUAUUUUAACUUAUCUAAAGUAAAAUUCCAGAAAGUGAAAUUGCGGUCACUUGGUCUUCAAAAUUUUGUGUGAGGAACCAUUUUGUGGUGUUGAGCUCAACUUUUUUUUGUUAUGUACUUUGAAGUGUAUAAUGGUUUUGGUAAUAAACAACUAAUAUUUUUAA